AUGGGCCUCGUGUGGGCCUCAACUAAAACCCUAACAAAGAGAGAGGCGCAGCCAUCCCACUCACAGACACACAACAAGUCGAUUCGAUCCAUCCCGGAGGAUCCUCCGCCGCCGCCGUCCCGGAGCGCCGCCGCCGCCGCCGUCGUACCGGAGAUCUUCAUAAGCCUACGGCAUGGCAACCACUCUGAAAGAUGCAGUUGCACGGAAGCCUGUGUUGGCAACAAUCCGCCUUAUCGUUCCAGCUGGUGCCGCCCGCCCUGCGCCACCAGUUGGUCCAGCGCUAGGUUUCUACAGGCUGAACCUGAUGGCGUUCUGCAAGGAUUUCAAUGCCAGGACUCAGAAGUAUAAGGCAGAAACUCCUAUGCAGGUUACCUUAACUGCCUACAAGGACAGCACAUUCGAGUUUGUAGUCAAGUCACCAUCUGUCUCAUGGUUCCUCAAGAAGGCCGCCGGGAUUGAGACAGCCAGCGGCCGUCCAGGGCACACUGUAGUGUCAUCCCUUUCACUUCGCCAUGUCUACGAGAUCGCGAAAUUGAAGCAAUCUGAUCCCUACUGCAAGCACAUGUCACUCGAGGCGCUGUGCAAGUCAAUCAUUGGCACAGCCAACUCCAUGGGCAUUGAGAUUGUUAAAGAUCUAUGAGCUGCUUGGCCCCAUCUUUGUCAUGAGGGGAGUUGGUGAGUUGCUUAAUGAUUUUGUGUAUUACUAAUUUUUAGUUGGGGAAGUAAAUUGUGUCCUGGUUUAUUGAGCAGAGAUCUUGAGAGUUCCAUGCCUCUGAAAUUGCCUUCAGCACAGCCUUUUUUCUCUCUGCAAUUCUGAUCUGAAACAUGUAGUUCCCACAAAUCGUUCUCACCGAUGUCAAUUUGUUCAAUGUGGUGAUGGUACAAUGAAAAUAAUAGAUUUCUCUGAUGAUGGACUCAUCAAGUCUGGGUGAACCUUUGAGUGAACAACCUGUAAUGCAGCAUUUGCUCAUAUAAGCAGGAUAGUUUUCCAGUUAA